AUGGCGGAUGGAAAUUCUCCAUACAUAACUCCUCCAGUGGGUUUUCCAUUUAUGGGCAAACUCUACGACAGGCUCUUUUACAACGGCCUGGUCCAGCUGCAGACUGUCAGUGAGAAUGAGAAGCUCCUGCUUCCUGCUCCAUUCCCUGAAGGCUUCAAGGGUAAUGAAAGCUCGCCCAUGCUAGCUGUGUUCUGGGACGACGCUGACCUCACGUUAGGAGAGGGAAAACUGUUCUACCAGGAAUAUAACCAGCUGAAUCUUUCAGACGUUUACUCUCAAAUAGUCUUUAACCGCACAGCAGACGAGGUGAGUCAGUUUGAGGCCCAGAGAGGAAGACCUGCUUUCACCCCUUCAUGGAUUCUGAAAAUCACAUGGGACCAUGUGCUGCCUGUCUCCUACCAGAAGAUCAAUUUGUCUGAGACAAACACAUUCCAGAGCAUCCUGGCCACAGAUGGAUCUCGCUCAUUUGCCUUACUCCACUACAGUGAUAUGAACUGGGGUCCGGGACAGAGGGUUCACCAUAAUGCUCUGAUAGGCUAUACUGAUGGUGUCAACACCUUCCACAAUGAGAUCCCCACACCACCAGACAACUUGUUUGGUCCAGGUGGGCGUUAUCGGCCCCAGACUGUCGUGGGUAAUACAGGCCAGCUGGGGCAGCUUGUUUAUGACCUGACUGGAACCACAGUGGUCAGCUCUGACUCCCAAAGACAGUGUCAGCUAUGGGCCCUGAAAGAACCAGACCCCAAAGAGUGGGCACUAGGGCUGGCCCCUUGCCCAUGUACCCGUGCCCAGGCACUGGAGGACCUGGGCUUUGGCCCUGAAACUCUCCCGGCUGAGAACAGCAUGCGUGUGAAGGAGCUAAGGGGCCUACGCUGGGGUGGAAGUGGAGGUCAAGUGUUUCAGUCCAUUCUCUUCAACAAGCAAAGUGCUGGAAAAAGAUGUGUGUAUGACCCGCAGGGCGCGCUGCUGUCUGGAUACAGCGAACGCUACUUUACUGGAGACAAGACACAAGAUUACAUUGAUAAAGAUCUCUUGCCCUUCCAGUGGUGCUGUGUCCAAUCCCCACUGUGCCACCUCUUCCUGGCCAAGAGGCCACUGGACCGGUGUCAGGGUUUUGGCUGGACCAGCACAGAUCCUAGCAUUCCUGGGAACAGAGGUGCACCAGGCAUUGGCUUGGCAUAUGGAAGCCUCCAUUUUAUUACAUUUGACGGAAGUAACUACACCUUCAAGGGCCUAGGAGUGUUUGUGAUUGUGCGUCUGUCCUCGAGUUCAGGCUCCAAUGUCUUCACCCUCCAGGGUCAGACAGCAGUGCUGGAGACCAACGGCCAGUCCAGAAGAGUGCCUGCACUGGUGCGCGUAGCUGCACACCACCAGGCCUUCGGCAAGGUGGAAUGGCGAUGUUCUGUAUCUGAAGAGAAGCUUAUUGUGCUAAUCAAUGAUGUGGAUAUGCCAGUCUCUGCAGGUGUGGUACAUUUAGCCCAGCAAGGCUUCGCAAUGCGCUGUUCCACUGUGCAGAGUUGUGCUGCAGUUUAUGAGGGAGGUCUGAACGUGGCUGUGUGGAGGGGUGACGCAGGGAGGCUGAGUGUUCUGGUGGAGGUCCCUCAGAGCUUCUACAACCGCACUGUGGGCCUUCUGGGCCUCUGGAGCUCCAACAGUACAGACGACUUCCUCCUCUCCAAUGGGCGCCUGCUGCCUUCAUCUGACAACAACCCUCCCUCUGAGGACAAGCUGGCAGUGUUUGGACAGUCAUGGGCAGUCCCUGUUCCGGAGAGUCUCCUGUUCUCCACUCCUCCCCUGACACCCUUCCAGCCUGUGAGCACAGAGGAACUGAUGUCUUCAGUUAGCCCAGUCGCUUUGGCCAGACUUCAGCAGACCUGCCAGGGCAGCCUGCAGUGUAUACAUGACAUCUUGGCCACAGAUAACACUGGACUGGGUCAGCAGACUCUGCAGGACCAACAGAAAGUCCAAAACCUCGCUGUAACCUUUGGAAACAUGCCGCCCAUGGUGAGCGAGCCUCUGAUCAUCCGCUGUAAGGUGAACAGCACUGUAAGAGUGCAGUUUCUAGCCCAGGAUGCUAACAGGGAUGCAUUCAGCUUCUCCCUGCUCUUCCCAAGACCACCACAGGCCACCAUAGGCAGUGGUGAUGGUGUUCUGGUCUGGACUCCACUCAACAUUCAGCCCGUACUGCUGACUGUGCAGGUCAGUGAUUACAUGUCCAGCUCUCUGCUCAGCCCCAUCCUGCAGCUCUGCAACUGUCUUAAUGGAGGAAGCUGUCAGUAUCAGAGCGUGGCUGAGAACCAAUUGCAGGGCAAGUUUCAGGUUGUGGGGUGUCUAUGCCCAGCAGGCUUCAGUGGCAGGUACUGUGGAAAUAGAACAGACGUGUGUAAAGGCAGGCCCUGCUUCCCUGCAGUUGACUGCUUCAGUCAAAGAGAGCCAGACAGCUUCACCUGUGGAGUGUGCCCCCCUCCUACUGUCUCCGAACACAAACAGGGCUACAAGUGCUUUGAGAACGAUUUCUGUCUACCUCCUUUUCCCGCCCCCUGUCACAAGAUGGCCAACUGCUAUAGCACUGGCUAUAACUACACUUGCAGUUGUAAGCCUGGCUUUACUGGUGAUGGAAAGGAGUGCACAGAUAUAGAUGAGUGUCAGAAUCCUGCAGCCUGCCCUAACGCCAAGUACGAGUGUGUGAACACACCUGGUUCGUCAUACUGCUCCUGCCGCUACCAGAGCAACGGGGAGUCUGACGGCUGCGGUGAUUCUGCUAAUCCUACAGGUGAGAACUACUCAAAGAAUGCAUGA